UUCUGUGUAUUCAUUGUUGUUGGGUGAUUUGACAACUUUCGAUGAUAUGGAUGACAAUUACGAUGACGACCCUCUGGGACUGUUGGCCGAGUUUAAGAAGGGACGAUACAUGUCCUUUAGUAUCGACAGCAGUAAUCUGUACCUGAACGAAAUCCCCGAGGGUGAAUACAGUGACGAAAAUGGAACGAACACAGACUUCAGAUCGACCGAGAGCUCGGACCAUUUUGACGAGAGUCAGAGUGGGGAGGAGCUAGAUCGCAUCACUCCUAUGGUAGAAAUGGGUAAUGGUGAAAGCAUGCACAAUAAUCACAGAGGAUUCGAUCUCAGAACAUCUGUAGCGAUGCCGAUGCGUCUGCCAAUGCCCGACCCUCACGAACUGGAGAAGAGGUUCACAAAAGUACUGGCCUCUAUGGACCUGCCCCCUGACAAGGCUAAAGUACUAAAGGGCUAUGACGAUGAGAAGAAAUGGGACUUGAUUUGUGAUCAGGAGCGGGUCCACGCCAAAGAUCCACCCCAUGUGUAUCUCGACAGACUCCGAACCUAUCUUGAUCCUCGCAAUAGUAGAGGGUCACGAGUGCACGAUACUUGCGUAGCCCUUCACUUGGUGGCCUUCCCCCUACAGUGUGGAUUAGACGCAAAAAAGAAAAACCUGAAUGACAUAUCAUCUACACAAGUUCUGAGGGAUUUAGAAAUCUCGCUUCGUACAAACCACAUAGAAUGGGUCCGAGAAUUUCUGAGCGAGGACAACCAGGGUCUCGAUGUUCUGGUGGAUUACCUGUCUUAUACUCAGGUGGUCAUGAGAAAAGAGCAGCUAUUGAACAAAGAGAAGAGUACCAGUUUAGAUGGUCUAGUCAAAAGUCCUGCCAGGAAAUUAAAGCGUUCCAACACAAUAGGAUCCCCGCGCAACACCAAGAUGUCCAAACUGAACAUGGGUGAGGCCAGGGAUGACGUCCAUGUUUGUAUUAUGUGUCUACGGGCGAUAAUGAACCAUCAGUAUGGUUUUAAUCUUGUGAUAGCUCAUAGACAUGCCAUCAACUGUAUAGCCCUGAGUCUGAAUCACCACAGUCUCAGGACAAAGGCCUUGGUGCUGGAACUGUUAGCUGCUGUCUGUCUAGUCAGUGGGGGACACGAAAUCAUCCUCUCAGCCUUCGACAAUUUUAAAGAAGUUUGUGGGGAAAGGCAUCGGUUUGAAACAUUAAUGGAUUACUUUCGCAAUUAUGAAGAAUUCCAUAUAGAUUUUAUGGUUGCUUGUAUGCAGUUUGUAAAUAUUGUGGUGCAUUCGGUGGAAAAUAUGAAUUUUCGUGUACAUUUACAAUAUGAAUUCACUCAGAUUGGAUUAGAUGAUUAUUUAAAUAAACUCCGACAUACAGAGAGCGACAGACUUUCGGUCCAGGUUCAUGCUUAUGUUGACAAUAUGAUUGAGGUUGCUCAGCUCCUGGAGGACUCAGAACUCAAAACGGAGGCCAUUGAGCGAGCAGAGGAUCUCGAGGAGGAACUUUCUCGGGAGCGGGAACAUCUUCAAGAAAUGGAGGAAGAAUCUAUGGCAAAAUCAUUGGAGUUAGAAAAGCAAUUAUCUGAUGCCACACAGAAAAUUGAGGAAUUAGAGGAUUAUCUGGGCCAACAAGAUAAAGAAUUAAACACCUUAAGGCAAAUGAUAACAGAGAAAGAUGAGGAAUCGGCCAAACGACUGAGUAUGUACGAAGCCAAGCUCCGCGAAAUCGAAACCAUGAGAAGCAACCUGACUACCUCGGGUACAGUCUCCACAAUUGUAGAUGAACUUCCUCCUCCCCCACCCCCACCACCACCUCCUGUGGCGGCUCCACCUCCACCCCCACCCCCUCCGGCACCAGGAAUGCCACCCCCACCACCCCCUCCCCCUGGAGCACCAGGGGCACCUCCCCCGCCUGCAGGACCAGGUGCUAUGACAAUUAAACGGAAGAUACAGACAAAAUAUAGACUUCCAAUGUUAAACUGGACUCCACUUAAACCUCAGCAAGUCAAGGGUACAGUGUUCUCAGACUUAGAUGAUGACAAACUUCUCAAUGUGAUAGACUUUGUGGAAUUUGAGGAAACAUUCAAACUUGGUGCAGGGUUAAUUGGAGCUGAGGAUGUUAGAGGGGAGACAAUGAGAAAGAAGAAAGCAGAGAGCAUCAGUCUCAUGGAACCCAACAGGCUCAGGAAUGUGGCAAUCACCAGGAGGAAAUUAGAACUCCGAAAUGAAGAAGUGUGUCGAGCCAUUAAUGCCAUUGACCUGAAGACUCUGUCCUUAGACAUGGCUGACAUUCUCCUGACCAUUCUUCCAAAUGAUGCUGAGAUGAAGGCCUACAAACAAUAUGAAAAAGAUAGACGACCAUUAGACAGAUUGUCUGACGAGGAUAGGUUCAUGUUACAGUUGUCAAAGAUAGAGAGAUUGUCACAAAAAUUACACAUCAUGAGUUUCAUUGGAAAUUUCAAUGAAAAUGUUCAUCAUUUAGCACCACAAGUCAAUGCAAUCAUUGCUGCUUCCAUGUCAUUAAGAAGUUCCACAAAAGUCAGGAAAAUGUUAGAGAUAAUUUUAGCUAUAGGGAAUUACAUGAACAGUGCCAAGAGGGGGGCAGUGUAUGGCUUUAAACUUCAAAGUCUAGAUAUGCUGAUGGACACCAAGACCAAAGACAAGACAUUCUCAUUGAUGCACUUCCUGGUACAGACAGUUCAGACCAAAUUCCCCGAGAUUUUAAAUUUUGACUCGGAGCUCCGUUUUAUAGAAAAAGCUGCAGUUGUGUCCAUGGAGAACAUAAUUACUGAUUACAAAGAAUUGGAGAAAGGUAUGCAGAUGACCCAGAAAGAGUAUGAGGCCAGGAAACACAGUCGAGACGCCCCUCCUAUCCUUAAAGAGUUCCUCACAAACUCAGAAGACAGGCUUAAAAAACUACAGGCUGACAUCAAAACAGCAGAGGAUGCUUACAAGAGAGUGGUGGAGUUUUUCGGAGAGAACCCACGCACCUGUUCUCCUACGUCUUUCUUCUCGCAGUUUGUCAGAUUUGUCGGCGCAUUUAAAGCUGCUGUUGCGGAACUGGAGAAGAGGAAGAAAUUAGAAUAUGCACAGAUGGAAGAGGAACAGGAACAGAUCAAGAAUAAAAAGAAAGAUUUCAAAAAGAAUGCCCAGAGAAUUAUUUUUGAAGAGAAGAAAUAUGUUUAUGAAGAAAAGGAGGCUGUGGUCACAGAAUUAAAGAGUAGAAACCGACAGAUCAAAGAAAAGAAACUUCUUGGGAAGGACGAGGUGUAUCAUGGAGCACUGGAGGAUAUUUUACUGGAUUUGAAGAAUGAACCGUACAGAAGAGCAGAUGCGGUGAGGCGAAGUCAGCGUCGACGUAACGAAAAUAUGGUGCAGGCACCAAAUUCCGACGGCUAUGAUGAGUAUUACUGAUAAGGGCCCCCCACUAAAAAUUGAGUCAAAUCCUCAAUGCCAGGACAGUAGUCCUAUGUUCAUCUGCAUCAAGGACAGAAAACAGAUUUCUCAACUCUGUAGAGAUUUUGUUCUCAAGAAAACAGAUAGAGUUAUUUCCCUUAGUAGCAGGGAAACUAUAAAAUACAAAGCAUUUUUUUGUCAUGACCUGUAAAUACUUCAUAAAAACACAGGGUUGAUCCCUUAAGUCUGUUUACUUUGUUAAGGAGAGCACAUUGUAUAAAACAUCACUUAUUAUGGAGUAUAUUUCAUAAACAAGGGAACAAGAUAGACACAUAUAGAGUUACAUAAUGAUAAACAGGAAAUAAUGUAAUAUUUGUAGAUAUUAAAAAAAAAACUGUAGUGCAAUACCAAAGGACAUAAUUUCCUGCCUGAGAGCUAAAUGUAUUUAGAAUAAACUGUUACGGGAAGUGUUUUUAUUUAAAAUUAGGCAAAAUGCUUCAACAGAGAGAGUCAAUGCAAUACAGUGAUGAAUGUACAUGAUAAAAAAAAAAGUCUUCACAUGUUUAUAUGAAUAUUAUAUUUACAUGACUGUUAUGUGUUGUAAUGGUUCUUGCCUUAUUAUGUUUUUUUUUCUGUAAAAACUUAAAUGUUACAGUUAUUAUUUGAAAAUAACAGAAAAUAAAUCGUCACAUUGGUACAAUUUGUCUGAGGAGAACCCUUAUGAUGAAAUUUGAAUUUGGACUGGGGAAAAAUGGUUUAAAGCAAAUAUAUAUAUGUAAAGUCAGGUAACAAUUCCUCAAGAAAUUGAUCAUGAAGAAAUUUUAUUUGCAUGAUAUAAAUAUGUAUGUUUAUGUAAUUGGUGCUGUACAUGACACCAACAUUAUUUGUAAUCAGAGAAUGCUAUUUUUUCCAGUCUCAAAUUUAAAAAUGUCUGGUGCCAAGAUCAGUCAAAGGGAGACAACUUAUAUAUCACACAUAUUUAACAGUGUUCAGUGAGUGUUGUUUUGUGUUAUAUGUGUCAGAUAUAUAAUAUAGACAUGUGUUUAUGGGAGGGAGAUUUUAACCUGUUGUAUCUGAUACGUGUUGUGUCAGAUAUAUUCUAUAGCUGAGUGUUUACGGUAUGGGUGGGAGAUUUAGCCUGUUGUAUUUGAUACGUGUAAUUCAUUCCAGUCAAUGUCAUUCUAUGUCAUUCUAUAUAGUGUUAUCAUUAUGUCCAUACCAAUAGGUCUCUCUGCUCUGUAACUUUAGCUCUGUUGCCUGAUGCUGUGAAUGAGUUUUUAUACCCUCUGAUAUGUUGACAGUUGUAAUCUCAGUAAUGUCUUUCGACAUAGUGUGUACAUGUUAGUGAGGAAUAAAGAACUAUAUUCAGUAAAGGCAUAUUUCUGCCCCCAUAAAAGUCAAAAUUUUAAACAAUUUUGAAAUGUGCACAUUUUUAUAUAUUGUAUUAAAAAAAAUCUGAAUUAACAAAAAUAUUGUAGAUUGGAAGUAGAUUAUUGUCAAUUUUUGUCGCUGUGACAACAAAAAAUAUUUGGAUUUUCUGUUAUUUUUAAGGAAGAGGACAAUAGACAAAAUCUGUUGAAUUUUGACUAUACUAUUUACAGAGUGCAAACUUGCUCAGGUAUUAUGUUCACAUAUUUCUUGAUAUUAUCAUAUUACUCAUCUGUAAUGAUUUAGUUCCCUUUGCAAUAUCAUCGUUAAAAAAAUACCUUAUUUUCUCUCAAAAUCAUUGAAAUUUUGAAUUAACAUCAUUUUUUUGAAGUCAAAUCUAAUUUAUGCUGUCAUGGUUGAUGAAAACAUUUAAUGCUUUGAAGUCUUCAGAUAUUCCCUGGUUUACAACAUAAAGAUUUCUCCAUCAGAGUUUGAUUUGGGGAUGGGGGCAGAUAUUGGCAUUAACAGGAUGUAGUUCUUUCCAAGUUUUUGCUACUUUUAAGAAAUUUUGCUACUUUUAAGAAAAUUUUGAUGUAGGUUUUUUUCCCCCAUCUUCUUUGCAGAAAAUAUUUUAAUUUUGUAUAAGACAAUUAUUGUUCUCUAAAUUUAGACCAAAAAAAUGAAAUGAAAUUCAUAUAAAGGGAGAGAAGAUGAUAAAACAGAGGGUUUAACAUUUAUGAUUGAUCAUGAUGUAAGCAUUUCUGUACCACAACAACAAUAAUGACAACCUAUGAACAUACAAGAUAAUCAAAAUAUAAAGUCUUUGUAAGAUGUAGUAAUCAAUUUGAUAUUUUGUGUACUUCUAAUAAGUGAUAUAUGUAUAAUUAUAAAAUCUUUGCUCCUUUUGAGUCACACUUUUGGGUUUAUACAUACCAUAGUGCUACCCACUAUUACUUGGGACCCUAAAUGAGAAACAAUUACUUGUACUUACAUGCAUCAGUGUAACAUUUCCAUACUCAACCUUUUUUAAAGAUGGAAAAAGUCGGGGAAAACAUUAUUGUUGAUCUGUAUCUUUAAGUGUAAUACACCAUUGUAAUUAUUUACAAGUGUAUCUGAAGACAUUUAUUUUUGAAGAAUAAUUUUCUAUGUAUUUUCUUUUAUUAUUUUAUAUCAAGAUAUGUCUAGGUAUCAGCUGUUUAUCCCCCCCCCCCCCUUGAUUUGACACUAUCAGGGUUAAGCCAGAAGAAACCUGAUCUAUUUAAGACUAACAUGUUCAAUAAAUUGUAUGUGCCAAAAUGUUAAUUGCUGCUUAUGUGUAUUUUCUUAUUUUUGAAAAAAAAAGAUUCUGUGGUAGAAAAGAAAUUAAAAAAUAUUAUCUUUUAGAGAAACCAAAAAAAUUAUUUAAGUUUUCCUGAGUUUUAGUUUGAAUAAAUGAAUAGCUUUUUGAUGACUUUUUAUCCUGCAUUAGCAGAUUGACAUUUGUGUUCAUUGUGUGUUCUUGUGUGUGAAUAUUUGACUUGUGCUUUCAUGAGUAUAAUAAGAUUUCUUGUGUAACGCAAGCUUGAAAAUGAACAAUAAUGAAUAUUUUAUUUAAUAAAUAUUUCAAAUGAA